UCGUAAUCAUCGCUAACUGGUCAAAGAACUGAUAACAUAAAUCUCAAAAAGUUCGACCGCAAGUUCGGAAAAAAAGUUUCCGCGAUAAUCCUGGCCGGUAGAAAUAGAUGCCCGAUAAUUUGGAAGGGGAAAAGUUUGAGGUUAGGCUGUGGCUUGCUGGCGGCGGUGGAUCUGGGUGGGGUGCGCGGGCGCCGUCGCGCAGCGCAGCCCGCUCGGCUGGGCCAUGGGCAGCUCGCAUCGCUUAGCCGCCGUGGCCGCGGCCUCGCACGCACGCCACUAUAACCAUAGCCACGAAGUGUUGCAGACGGAGACUCCGCAUUAUAAUGUCAACAUACUCUUUAUCAGUGCGACGUUAUGCGGGGUGUUUGUAGCGGUGUGCGCCGCGUGCUGGCGACGUUCCCCGUCGUCGAACAAGCCUGAAGACGUGUCUGAAGUCAGCGGAGUCUACACUGUCAGCGGAGACAGCAGGCUUAACCAGGUCGUGGAACCCCCUCCCGGCCCUCCCCCCGCCUACGACACCGUGGUCGACUGCCCCGCCGAACCGAAGGACUGUUCCUUACAGCUACAGGAGGUGACAACAGAGCCUUGCAGCCGCUGCAAACCGGGCUGCGACAGCGGGCUGCCAUCAUAUGAAGCCGCCGUGAUGCUGAAAGACACUAAAUUAUAAUCCCGCGUGAACCCCACCAGCACUCUACUCUUUCUAAGUAAUACAGUUAUAAGGAGAUGGGUAUUCCACAUGGUGUCGCGGCACAUGCGCUUGAGAUUCAGGCCACUGAGCCUCUUAUAGCGUGUUGUAUGUUAUGUACAGUUUGUGUAGAAUACAACAGACAACGGGCUGGCUUCAUACAAGGUAGCUCUUAUGUUGGAAAACAAUAGAGCGUCCGAGUAACCCCGCCAGACGCAGGAAAAUCUCAGCAAUGGGCUCUGGUAGCGCGCUGUAUGUAU